AUGCCUACUCCUAAGACCGCGCCCAAGACGACCAAGAAGCCCACUACCACACGAUCCGCCAUCGCCGAUGUUGUCGCCCGCGAAUACACCAUCCAUCUACACAAGCGAGUACACGGUGUAGCUUUCAAGAAGAGAGCACCAAGGGCUAUCAAAGAGAUUCGGGGUUUUGCGAUAAAUGCGAUGGGAACCAAAGACGUUCGCCUUGACCCUCAACUCAACAAGAAAGUCUGGGAGGCUGGCAUCAAAGGUGUGCCAUACAGACUGCGCGUGAGGAUAUCGAGAAAGCGAAAUGACGAAGAGGGUGCGAAAGAGAAGCUGUACAGCUACGUGCAGGCGGUGAACGUGAAGAACCCGAAGGGAUUGACUACUGUUGUGGUGGAAGAUGCUUGA